AUGAUGAAGAAGCUGGGCAUGAAAGAGCUGCCAGUUGUUGGGGUCAUGAAGCCAGGUGCUGCUGGAGUGGCUUUAGUGGCGAUGAAAGCAUCAACGGCAGCCAAGGAAGAAAAGAAACCAAAGAAGACAGCUUUUGAGCUGAAGAUGGAGUCUUUUGACUCAGCUUCAAAACUCAAGGUUUGGACUAAAGGAAGCGAAAGACUUAGUGGAGAAGGUUCCUGCUGUGUGCUUAAAAAGGGGGUGCCAAAAGAAGAGACGAAAAAAAUUAUCGAGAAUAUGAAAGCAGUUGGGGCUGUCGUCAUUAUGGAAUGA